AUGAGCCACGUCGUCGAGACAGCCGUGCCAGGAACUGGCUGGAGUGCUCAAUGGUCUCAUAGCCCGACUCGUCACUCGGAUGACGCCACUGUCUCACCCAGCCAUCCCAGCGCACCUAUAGCCACAUUCAGCCACGGGCCAGAAGAGAAGAUCUACUAUGAUGACGGAAAUCUUGACCUCGUCGUCGGAGGCGUAUGUUUCCGAGUAUACCGAGGAGUACUCGCCCAGCACUCGCCGAUCUUCAAGGACAUGUUCAACCCCACAGAGCCUUCCGUCGAUAAGAUCAUAGCUACUACAAUACCCACGCUUUCUGCGUACAUCCGGCUGGGCCACAAGUACCAGAUUUGGGCGAUCUACGCCCCCGCCAUGGCCUAUCUCAAACGGCGCUUCGCCCCCACUCUGAACGGAUGGAAGAAGUGGACCAGCUCCCGCGGCGAGCCGUACACGCUCCCGCGCUGCACCUCCGCGCACGCGAUCGGAGUCGUCAACCUCGCACGCCUGACCGGCGAGAACGCACUCCCCCCGCUCGCCUUCCUCGGAUGCGCGCAGCCCGGGUGCAGGCAGCUCACGGACGGGUUCACGUACGGCGACGGCCAGCGGGAGACGAUCGCAUGGCGAGGACCGAGACGGGUAUUGGAAUCCGACGUCGCCCGGAAGCGCUGGCCUAACCGCGUGCAUUCUCUCCUCCCACCACAGCUUCCUGGACCAGUGCCCCCUGAUGCUCUUAUUCGAGCAGGUGGCCGCCUACGUCCGCCUGUCCCACAACCACGACAUGCCCCGGGUCCUCUACGGUCUACCGCGCCUCGCUCCCCCACCUCAAGCGCCUCUUCACCAACGACCUCCACGUCUGGGUCGACCACGGCCUCCGCCCGGCCUCCGCGCUUUGCGGACGUCCACGCGAUCGGCGUCGUCGACCUCGCCCGCCUCACACACGAGCCUGCGCUGCACCCGAGCGCGGAGACGUGCAGCGCGGGGGCGCUGCGCGGGGACGACAGCGGGUGCUAG